AUGACUGACGACAGAGUUUACCCGGCGUCCAAACCUCCCGGCGUUAUCAACGGCGGAGGCGCAGCCACAAAUCCAACUUUCCCGGCGACUAAAGCUCAGCUCUACAGCGCAAAUCGUCCGGCUUACCGUCCACCAGCAGGUCGUCGUCGUACCCAUAGCCGUGGAUGUUGUUGCCGUUGCUGUUGCUGGACGAUUUUCGUAAUCAUACUCUUAAUCCUAAUCGCCGCCGCCGUCUCCGCCGUCGUUUACCUAAUCUACCGUCCUCAACGGCCAAGCUUCACCGUCUCUUCACUCAAAAUCUCCUCUCUCAAUUUCACAUCCCCCACGCACCUCACCACCGCGAUAUCUCUCUCCGUCAUCGCUAAAAACCCUAACAAAAACGUCGGAUUCAACUACGACGUCACCGACAUCACCGUAUACAAAACCUCCGCCGGAGAUGAUGACGUCGUUAUCGGUAAAGGCACCAUCGCUUCGUUUGUUCACGGGAAGAAGAACACGACUCUGCUUAGAUCUACGAUUGGAAGUCCUCCGGGAGAUCUAGAUGAGAUCUCGGCGGGUAAGCUUAAAGGAGAUCUGAAGGCAAAGAAAGCAGUAGCGAUUAAGAUUGUUCUUAAUACGAAAGUGAAAGUGAAGAUGGGAUCUGUGAAAACGCCUAAAUCGGGAAUUAGGGUUACUUGUGAAGGGAUUAAAGCGGCGGCUCCGACGGGGAAGAAAGCGACGACGGCUACUACUUCUGCGGCGAAGUGUAAGGUUGAUCUCAGGUUCAAGAUCUGGAAAAUCACUUUUUAA